AUGUCAGGAAAGGUCAUCCACUUUAAAAGGUACAACCGAAUCUCAACACCUGAAGAAUUGCCAACAGCGAUGAGGUUGGGAAUGGAAUUUGAGAGGAGAGCAGAACCUCAUUUAUCGAAUAACAAAAAUGCAGGUGAUCAACAGGAAGAAGAUUGGUUUCAAAAUCAUUCUACUCAAGUAUUCCUCAUAUUCGGUUCGAUCUUAUUCAUAAUCACCCUCCUCUGUCUUUAUUGCCUCACGAGGAAGCAGGGUUCACAGGUUUUGCCAAGCUGUAUGAAACGACAUAAGAAAGCGAAAGCUCGCUCAGGAAGGAAUAGUCAUAGACCCAUAUCGAAUGCUUCUUCAAUCAACGGUUUACUGUUCCCUGAUAGAAGUAGAUCAAGGGAUCUAAACAAUCAUGCGAUAGUGGGUGGAAUGAGGAUAGACGAUGAAGAUGGACAAGGGAUGGGAAGAAUGAGGAUGUGGCAAAAUACUGGUAGAGAGGAUAAGAGAUUAUGGAGGAAGACUGCUUAUAUGAGUGAUUUGAGACAUGCUACUAAAGAGAAUUCGAAAAAUUACCAGAGGGUACAUGGAAGAGGUGAUUUUGAUGAGGGAUUUCCAGAUGGGUUUGAACGAGUUACUAGAGAUACUUUCUAUCAACCUACGAAGGGGGGACAAGGUCAUAAGAGGAAUACAACAUUAUCAAGUUUCGGUCAUCCCCCUUCAUCUUCAUUUUACGAUUAUUCUGAAUCUUCACCUUCACCUUAUUCGGUAUAUGAUGCCAGUGGAUUAGUUCGUCCUAUAUCAAAUUAUAUACCCUAUAAUCCCAUUCUCACCUCAACGGAAAGUCUACGGUAUCCACCGUCGGUGAAAAGGCCUAUAACUGAUUAUAGGAGAUCAUUCGUUUCUCACAUGUCCAAUGACCCGGGUUAUCUCGAAGAUCUUAAAGCUGGAUCUCAUGGUAGGAAGUCCGGUUCGUAUUAUCCUAAAUCACCUGCUUCGACCUAUGUUCCUCCGAGAGAAUCGGUGUAUUCGUGGAGAUCGUAUCCCCAUGAGGAGGAUGACUACGAGAAGCACCAUUAUAAUCAAGCUGGACGACAUAUUCAGAUGGGUCAUCAGUAUGAUCAGAUUCAACCUCGACAUCAGCAUCACGAUGCGAAUUAUCAUCAGUAUGAUCAAAAUCAAGGAUACCACAUCGAUCAAAUUCAAUCCCUUCACCCGAAUCACGACGAUACGAAUUCAUAUCUUAACCCUAGUCCGAUAGAGUACGAGCAGCACGAGUACACUCCCAAACCGUCGAUCGAUCAAUCGAUCGUUAACGAUUAUACAGCUUAUACACAGCCUCAACCUCUCGCAAAUCUCUCCCAUUCCCCUCAACAUCUGGAAAACUCCCUGGACGAAAAGACACCGUCGACUAGACCAAGACAUGAGAGAACACCUUCGAUGGGAUCCAUCAAAUUUCCUGAACCUGAACCUUCCCCUGCUCCUGCUCCUGUUCCUGUUCAGCAUCAACAAGAAAACUAUCAAGGCGAAGGAGAAGAAGGAGAAGAAGAAGAGGGAGAUCCAUACUCACCUUCAAGAACAGAGGUAAAUACUAAAUUGAAUUCUGCAAGUUAUCAUUCACCUUCCCUCAUAUCUAAACAUUCACGAAUAUCCACGGUUCCCGGUCAAACUAAAUUGAGUAAUUAUUCAAGAGGAUUUGAUGACUCCGAUGGUUUAGAGGUAACUCCAAGAAAAGAAAAGAGGAAUAGUAGUGGACCAAGUUUGGCGAAGAGUGAUAAUCCCAAUCCUAGUCCGAAUUUCCCUCCUCCUUCGAAUCUAAUUAUAGAUACUACCUCUUCUAUCAUCAACUCGGAUACUCAAGAGCAUACCAUUACCACUAGCAGCAGUAGUGGUGGUGGUGGUGGUGGUGGUGGUGGAUAUGUUAUAUCGACGAUGUCAAAGAAGAUUCAACGAGUCAAACCUCCUUCUCUCCUCAAAUCUACGUUACCUCCCAAAUCACCUAAAUCACCUAGUCCGUUGAGGUAUUCUUCGACGUUUGAUAUGGAUGAUAUGCCCAUCUGGAUGAAGGACAAUGAGGCUGAGGCGGAGGUUGAUGAAGAACCAGUGCCCAGGAUUAGGGGUUAG